CCUUCCGUGAUGACGAUGACGUCCACUCCACCGCCGGGCGGGACGGCGUGUCUGUCGAGGCGGUCCCGUCUAAAAAAAAUCCAAACAAACAAACAAAAAAACAAAAUUAAUUUUGAUCCUUAUGGAACCGUCUAUUUACUGACAGAAAUGCGACGGCGCAUUAAAAAAGCGAUUCAUUUAUUUUGCCGUUCACAUGUCUGCGCGCACAGCUUUCUGUGUCAUCACUGCGUUCAACAAUAUAUGAGGUUAUUUAUUUAAAAAGCAAAAAUUCGAUCACAACUGCAAAGAAAAGACCUGUUGGCGGCUAUGAGCGGAGAAUCGCAGAGAGGAAUCUGAAUCGACAUAAUCCGGGCCUCUCGGACGGGAUGAUGGCUUCUGUGAAAACAUUAUUGUUUUUUCUGCAGUGGGUGCUGCAUUACGCUGUGUGUCGUGAAGUAAGUGUUCCCACUGGACCCCUGUACCGGGUAGCAGGGUUCUCCCUCUCUUUGCCCUGUUCUGUGUCAGGAUAUGAAGGUCCCCGUAUGCAGAGCUUUGAGUGGUACCUGUACAGAGAUGCUGCUCCUGCGAUUCAGAUAGGAAUUGUGUCCACUUUAGACAAGGAGUUCCCCUAUGCCAUUUACCAGGCCAGGGUGAGGAGUGGGGAGGUGAGGGUGGAGCGGGACUCAGGGGACAAGGUCAGACUGGUGGUACAGAGGCUCCGCUCUGAAGACCAGGGGAAGUACGAAUGCUAUACACCCACCACAGAUGCCAGAUACCUGGGGACCUACAGCGAUUCAGUUGUUGUCAAAGUGAUCCCUGACACACUCCAGAUCAGCUUUUUACGCUCGCUCACCGGCCAGCCAAUGCCAGAGGGGGCAGAAUUAACGCUGACAUGCUCAGCUAGUAUCCAGUCCGAAGUGCUCACCCAUCUGUCUGUCACGUUUGGGAAGCGCGGUGGUCCGGGAGUCAGGAGUGGAGCCAGCAGUGAAGUCCACACCUACCAUAAAGAAAUUAUCUCCAUCGAUAACCUUUUGCGAGUCAUUCCUGGAAAUUCAUACAAGAAGCGGUACGAUGACGGCGAGAUCACAUUAGAGAAAAGGAAUGGUCCAGGUGGACAUGACGUGUAUGUGAUGAAGAUGAAAGCAGUGCAGCCCGAUGAUACCGGCUCUUAUUUCUGUGAGGCCUCACAGUGGAUUCGGGACCCUGACAAAUCGUGGCAGAAAAUUGCUCAGAGGAUGCUAGACAUCGGCAACUUGACUGUUCUGCAACUAGCCGAGUCUCUGACCGUAACCUCCUCGCCGAGAGGGGAGGUUCCCCUGCAGGUCGGGUCUCCUCUCAUCUUGACCUGUGAGGUGUUGGGGUUGCCGUCUGAAGUGGACUCGGGCCUUCUGGUCCAGUGGAUGAAGAGAGGUUCUGUAAGCAGCGAUGGAGUCGCUACUGGUGGAGUUGAGGUGGAGGUGGUCCGGAUGAGUCCAGACAGUGUAGUCAGUUGGGGUGACGACCCCAGCCGAGCUAGUGGCGGGUCUAUGGAGAAAGUCGCGUUUGGGAAAUACUCGCUGAAACUCUUCUCAGCCCGCAGCGCUGAUGCUGGUGUGUAUCAGUGCAUGGUGAGCGUCUACGCCGGGAGGAGAAAUCCUGGAUCUUCUACUGCUGCCACGCUCACCCAGAGGUCUGAGGGGGUCACCGUCACACGCAAGGCCAAAGAAGUGCUGGUUGCAGCUGUGGCACAGCUCCCGCGGGGUCCUUUGUUAAAAAGAGGCAGCACCGUCACUUUGAUCUGCAACACCAACGUGACAACCACGGGCCCCGCCCAGCCACAGGUGAAGUGGCUGUGGCGGCCAAUCCCUGCACCAGUUAUCAAGACGAGACAGGGCUCACCAUCUGAGACUUCUUCACCAAACCUUCCAGUCGAAGAAAAACCCAGACUAAUCGCCGCCAUCAUGCAUGAUGGUGUGGCGCAGGUCUACUCUAAUGGCAGUGAGGUUAGCAUCGACCGCCUGUCGGCUAACAGUUACAGACUGAGGGUCCACUCAGCCAACCUAGAUGACCAGGGAGUGUACACUUGUCAAGCCGAAGCCUGGGGGAUGGACCCAAAUGGAGCCUGGUACAACACAGGGGCCAAAGCAGAGUCUAACACAGUGACUGUGUACCUGUACGCCCGAGCUGCUGACCUCCUCCUCAUCCCUUUGGUAGUCGGCGUCUCCUCUGCCUUGUUUGUGGGCAUUGUCAUCAUCGCUGCGGUGACUUGCUGCUUUAUGAAGCGGCUGGCCAAGCGCCGUGCUCAGAAAUAAACUGUCACAGCCUGUCUGAAAGCAAAACGGCACCAACAGGUCAUCCAGGAGACACACAGGGAGCCAGCAGGCUAGAAGAGGCUCAGAAAUGACUGCAACAGAACGUUAAAAAUGUUGGAGAAGUACUGCCAAAAGAAACCCCACUUUAAAUUGAAACGUUCCCAGAAAACUGCUGUGUGAUGCACCAACAGGCAUAUAUUUAACAGAUCUAGAUGGAGUUCCGUUACCCCGUCGACCUUUAUGGUCCUCAAGAACUUCUCUUUGCCACAUUACAUCUCAGCUUAACAUUUUUUUUUAACUGCCAAAUGCUGUAUGUGGUUGAAGAUUUAAUAUAUCUUUUGGGUAAGAAGUUAAUUUCUGAUACUGAGGCAUUGGUUGGAUGAGAAAACCAAGCAAGCAAGCAGCUACAUCUGCAUCUAAUGAUUAUUUUUAUAAUAGAUUAAUCUGUUGAUUUUUUUUUUUUUUUUUUUUUAAUUGAUGAAUCUAACAAUUUUUUUAUAUUAGUCUAUUGAUUAUUUUUGGGUUAGUUGCUUAUGCUUUCGUUAAUUUACCAAUAAAUCAUAACCACAAAUUCUUCCAAAAAUAAUAUUUUGUCAUUAAAAAGUAUUUAUUUUCCAAUUUUUCUAAAAAUAAAAAUCAAGAUGUAAAGGAUAUAAAGUGCCAAAACUUAAAAAGGCAGUCAUGGGGGGAAAAAUAACUAACCCUCUUCCUGUUGAUUAUUAUUUUUUUUGGAUUAAUCCAUUAGUUGCUUAACCUGUAAAAUAUAUGAAAAUGAUGAAAAAUAUCAGUCAGUGUUUCUUAAAGCUCAAGAUGACGUCCUCAAAUGUAGUAGUUUUUUUUUUCUACCACAACCCAAAUAUAAUUGAUUUACUGUUGGAGAGGAGUAAAGCACCGAUAAAAUACUAUCAUUUAAGAAGCUAAAAUAAGAAAAAAUGUGGUCAUUAAAAAAAUGACUGAAAAAGAUGAAUCGAUUACCAAAAUAUUUGGCGUUUAAUUUGAUAAUCAAUUAAUUGUAGCAGCUGUUCAAGCAGCACUGCCAGAUGGUUGUUUUUGCUUUCUGUAUCACAGAAUACAAAGAUCAUCCUUUAAUUAACGGAACACGUUUUUUUAAAUUUAAAGUCUUGUGCAACAGAUUGAUGUGAAUUGUUACGCUCCAGCAGAUUUUGGCACAAGCUGCUUGUUCUUUUCAGGAAAAAACACUGAGGUGUAAAGGUUUCUGUUUUGUUACACCUCUAGCACUGCCACUAAUAUGAAUGCUGCAUGGGUUCACGUUCAGAAUGUUUAUAUGAAGCCGAAUGUAUAAACAGUCUGUGCGCAUUACUUUAUAAGGAAGCACCACCGCUCUGCUGACGUUCCUACACAUACUUGCAUUGAUGCAAGAAUGAGCAAUGGAGAGCUUUUCCAUGAUGCACUGAGCUGAAGCAUGUGAAUACUUUGAGUUUGGCUGUUUUAUUUUACUUAAUGUAAGUAAGCUGUGCUCAGGUCACCUGUGUUUAGAGUUCAGUUCUCUCUCUCUCUUUCUCUUUCUUUCUUUCUUUUUUUUUUUUUGUGAAGCACUUGGAUAAAAUGACUGGGACCAAAGCCCGCUGGUGUCAUUCUUCUACUUGAUUUUCUUCCAACUGAAAGGUCACUCUGCUGUACUGAAUUGUUCAUUUGCUCUUGAUGGGUGACUGAAAUUGAGAAAAAGAAAAAAAAGUACUGUGAGUGUUGCACAAACAGGAAACCUCUUGUUUUUGUUCCCAAAGGUGAGAAUUUAGUUAGGUGAAGUCUGGCUGUUGUCAUCGUCAUAGUGUUGUAGGUUUAUGCUGUUUGCAAUGUCAGCACGUGCAUAUGUGACUGUAGCUGCUCCUGCUGCUAUCCUACAAAAAUGUGUUGGACAGAUGGACUGUCUUCAUCCUUUAAAUGAGUGACGUGGACCCCCGCCCCAUUUUGAAAGGUUUCUUUGUGUAGAUCUGCAUAUUGUGAUCACUUAUCCAUUGAAAUACUUUGGGCUUGUAGCUCGGUCUGCAGCGAGACAUGCUGCACUGUCUCUGUUUCUGUCUCCUUUUUGGUUUGGCAACCAGUCCAUCAUCCCUAAAUGUCGGUUAUAACGCAACACUGGUGAAUAAAAUCGUAGUUGUGGAUGUGUCCUGAGCCAUUUUGCUUGCAGCUGAUUUGUUGACAUGCUCCGCUGCAUGAAAAACAGGCACGCGCAUCGCAGCAGCAGCACAACACUGGCUUUUGUUUCAGAAGGCAUUGCUUUUGUGCACAUUCGUCUCUUAAUCUGUGGUCGCAGCGUGUGCACAUCCCGCUGCCCUUCCCCCCCACCUCAGAGUCGGUGCAGAUCCCGUUUGUUUCUUUUGAAAUCUGUUCCCUGUGAAUUGCAGCCAGCUGUAAAUGUUGCACCGAGCAUGCACGGCACGAAACUGCUCUCUUAACCCUCAAGUGACUGAGUGGGGUCAUUUAUCACCCUCGGCGUAUAUUGUUGUGCACUAUUUUUCUCAUUUUAAUUGGAAAAAUGUUUCCGACCAAUUUUGCAAGGAUCGGCCGAUCCGUGUGGCAAGCAAGUUAUAAUCCAAACUUGUGACCCCCGGGAAGAUUUAUGAGAUUUUUGACAUCAUAGGUUCAGAUGGUAUUGUAAUUUGCCAACUCUAAUCAUUAUAUUUUACUAUUUUGCAAGAAAGCCUGGCCAACAGACCAAGAAUAGCAAGAUUUACAGCUGCACAAGCAUUGAGACUGAUUCUUGAUGCCCAGAUUGAGGAUGAAAAAGAUGAUGGACAAAUGUAUUAGAGAGUGAAAUAAAAAUGAAGAACCCUAAAUAAUUCAUAUAGAAGUAUUCCAAUAUAAAGUCAAUGGGGUCAUAAAUAACCCCGCACGGUCAUAUUAGUCGGUAUAAAAUAGCUUGGUCACUUGAGGGUUAAGUUGUUAAGUUUGACAAUGUAUUAAACCGUUUUUGAAGAUGUUUCAAUUGUUUACUUGUUCUUUAAUACCACUGUCUCUAAAUGCAAUUUACUGCCAUUGUUCAAAUGGGAGGUAAUGCUCUGGUUUGUUUGUUUUUUUUAAUGGUGCUUUGGCAAACCUGCCAGUUGAUAAAUCAAUAAACCACUCUGGAUUUAUAAUG